GGGACCCAGAUGCCUUCGAAGAGUACUGCGAGAGAGCAUGGGAUCUGUGGCACGGCCGUGACGGCAACGACCAGACCCAGCUGGCUACGCCCGUCCACCUUAAGGCUGGCCUGGCUGGAGCUGCCUAUGAGGACACCCAGGGCAAGCCAACCGAGGCCGGCAUGAGGUUGCUUUUGGCAACUCUGAAGGAGAACAUCGCAGCCGAGGCCCCGGUGAAGGUGAACGAGCUGUUCUUUAAUGCCUUCUACAGCGGUAACGUCUGGAGGAGAAGCACAGAGACCAUGGCCCAGUACAUUGUGAGAAGGGAGCAGGACUUCAAGAGACUUGAGGAAGUCCUCGAGAACGCCAAGAUCCCCGAGCACAUCAGGGCGAUGAUGUUGUUGGUCUUUGGCGGCUUGGACCACAAAGAGCAGCUAGGAAUCCUGAGCUCAGUGAACAACGAGUAUGACUUCAAGAAGAUCGCCCAUGCCCUCAGGAUUCAGUUCCCAAGCUGCAACGGGAAGCCCGUCUAUAGGCGCGACUACCUGGCCUGCGGCCGAUCAUCCGGCCCUCCGAGCCCGACUAAGCCCCGCUUCCGUGUGCCGGGCAAGGGCCACGCCAAGGGGAAACCGUACAUCCUCGCGGUCGAGCAGGACCAGGAGCCCUAUGACGAGGACCCCGACGCCUACUACGAGGACCCCGGCAACGACGAGACGGGCAACCAGGAGGACAACGACAACCAGGACGAGGACCUUCUUGAGGCCAUGGUUCAAGAGUUCGAUCCCUCGGAGGACCCGGGACUUGCUGAGGCCCUGGCCGUUGUCAUGCAGAGGAAGAAGAAGCCGUUCACAGCGCCGCCCGGCCCCUCCUCGCAGAGUUUUCCCUUCAAGGCCCACGGCGAGAUGAGCAUUGACAAGGCCCGCGAGUCUCGCAAGAACGCGGUGAAGUUCCUCAAGCAGGUGACGCCAUGCACAGCUUGCGGAAAGCGUGGCCACUGGCAAGGAGACAGCGAAUGCGAGAAGUCGAAGGGAGCCGGGAAGGGAAAGAGAGGAGCCAGCAGCCCUAAGAAGAAGGCGACCGGCUUCCCCAAGAAGGGCACCACUACCUACUUUGUCCUCCAGGACGACGCCGGGGACAAUGCGGAGGGCGAGGCCUACUACACGAUUCCCGUCGGCGCCGAGGAUAAGGUCGAGGCGGCGCCCACAAAGACUUUCGAGAACUCCUUUGAGAGCAAGCCCGAGGGAACCGCCGCCUCCGAGAGCCUCGUUGCCCUCCACAACACCGACCUUUGCCACCAUGCAAGCGGCAACGGCGGCGAUGAGCGGAAGUUCUUCAGGGCAGCGAACGCCCACACAAGAACCGUGACCUGCAAGGAAGACGAGUGCGACAAGACAGUCAUUUCGGCAAAGAGGAAGCAGCCGCCCCAGUUGUGGAGCUGGCUGGUCCAGAUCGCCCUCUACACCAAGUGGGGUGCCAAGGCUCGGCUGCGCGAGGCCUAUCACCGCAUGACCGCCGCCAAGGAAGAGAUGAUGACCCGCAAGCUGCAGGACGACCGCCGUGCGGAAGAACUUCGCUGCCUCACUCACGGCUAUCCAGACCCGUCCCGGGCUUCUUCCUCGGAUUCGCCCUCACCAUGGCAGCUUGUUUCCCCAGCAACGCCGCCCAGGACAAGGACAGUGGCAAAGAUCUUGCGGCCAGGCAGCCGGGACAAGAAGGCCUGGGUAUAUGGAGUUUGUGUCUCUCCUUUCGUGCCCCUGCCGAUCCUACCCGACCUCUCCGACGAGGACAUGGAUAUAAUGCGGCCUCUUCCCGGUGACGCCUCCAUUUUGGGCCCUGAAACACCGUUUGCCGGAAUGACCUACGAGCAGGUUGCUUCGUCGAAGGAGGCUGCCUGGUACUGCCAGCAGGUGGUCCAGUUCGCCACCGGCAACUACCCGAUGCAGCCUGAAGUAUAUCGGUUCGCCUUCUACCUCUACGCCCGGCUGAAGAUGAUAAAGAUGUCCGUGGACCAGGCCGAGGCACCAGCCGACAGCCGCGCGGAAAAGAGGACAAUGAACCAGGGCGAAAUGAUCUCCCGGAGGACUCUUCGCGUGCCCGUGUCCUUUGACCCCUCGAGGCCCGACACUGCCGCUGAGCAAGACUGCGAGGUCAUGAUGACAGAAGAGCCGGAGGCCAGCACCGAGCUCACUGCCGAGGCCUUUGCUGUAUCCAACGAGGACCCUCCCGGGAUGGCCGUGCUUGACUCGGGCUGUACCAAGACGAUGCACGGCACGAGCUGGGCGAGCCAGUUCGAAGAUGAGCUAGGCAAGCUCGGCCUGGGUGCCACGGUGCGCGGGAGGACUCAGACCUUUCGAGGCGUCGGCGGCCAGGUCACCAGCCACAUCGAGAAGAUUUUCCCCGCCGGCAUUAACAAGGUCCACGGCACGAUCCACAGCAGCGAGUGCCCGGGAAACCUUCCCUUACUCAUUUCGAGGCCCUUUAUGGAGGAGCUCGGCACGGUGAUCAACAUUGGUGAGGGGACGGUUUCCUUCACAAGCCUCGGCGUGCACAACAUGCCGCUGCUGAGGACUGCAAAGGGACACCUUGCGGUUAGCCUCCUCGAUUUCGACCCGGACCACCUCAACGACUACCGCGACGAAGCCCUGGAAUACCCGGAGGACAGCCCCACUACCGAUGCUCCAGAAGAAGGCUAUGAAGGCUGCCACCCGGCUGAAGUACCUGAAGGCUGGCAGCCCGAUGAUUGGGAUGAGCAUGUGGAGUUUCUUGGCCACCUGCGCCAGGACGUCGAGAACUGGGAGAAGGAGCUCGAAGCCCAAACCACCGGGGGCAACCAGGACUACCGCGACGGCGACGUGGUUGAGGACGUGAACUUCUUCGAGAAUUCGUCCAACCUCACCCCCGUGACAAAGAGGAGGACCAGCGCGAAGAAGGGCAAGAAGCUACUUUCCAUGGUCAAGGCGGUCGAGGGCGACGAUAGGCAUUACCAGCUUACGCUCUCCGGGCAACGCAAGGUGAGCAACCGCCCCCCCUUCGGCAAGGUGUGGGCGAAAGAGCUUUUCCCAACGAGCCUAAAAUUCGCCACUCUAUGUGUCGUCAUGGGCAUGUCCGUUGGAGUCCCCCUUGGCUGGGGAACCACCGGCUGGAACGCGGCAAACUCGGCUGGAAGGAGGUGGCUGCGCCACGACAUGAAGAUCGAGGACCCCUACGUGACGGUGAUCCACUGGCCUCGGCAAGACGAAGGUGGACCCUGGCUCCUAGCCGGGAAGGGCGGAACAACAAGGGCGGACGUCGAAGGCAACUUCGGAGAGGGACUCUCAAGAGUCCUAGCAAUGGUCACCAAGCUGGUCAAGGGACGCAUCUCUGCGAGGCGCCACGUGAUCAUUGAGGAGCCCCCUGACAAGGACUGGCUUGACAGCCCAGAGACCGAGCACUUGCGGGACAUGGUUCGGCGCGGUGCUCUUCUUCGGGUGAACUUUUGUCCUUGUGCCGAAGGAGGCCCCUGUUGCCCGACGACCCUGCUUACUACUAUGUUGGCUGCUGAAUCUACCUUCUCUACCAUCACCUGCUCCUGCGUGGCAAGCCCUUCGGAAGCCAGUGAAGCGUGGGAAGGGGGACUCUCAGAGAAGCUGCGCGAGGCUGUGGUACAACAAGCAGCCGCCGAGGAAGCCAUUGUGAUGGAAAUCCAUGAGGCUUACCCCUCCGAGGGGCAAGGCCAGGGCCAGCCAAAACGGAGGAGACGGGGUCCAGUACUUAUCGACCAGUUCGACGCGCCCCCCGUCUAUAUCCGGCCUGACGAACCUAUGCAGCCCGAGCUUCCCGAAGAUGCUGAUGAGCGAACUCUUGCCGAGCUUCUCUCUCCAGAGCUACGUGAUUCACUACCACCGCUCCCUCGAGCCAGCCCAGGGGAUGACUCGAGCCAAAGGGCAAUUGAAGCAGCCAAGUUGGAGCCCAUUCUGAGCAUGACUGAGGCCGAUCGUCGCAAAUACUGGCUCCGGGUGGACCCUGACCUGAGGAAAUGCCUCCGAGACCUCCACGUGAACUUCGGACACCCGACAAACGUCACCCUGCAGCGGCUUCUCCGAAGGCAAGGGGCGAGGCCAGAAGCGAUUCGGGCCGUUGAUUUUCUGUCCUGCGACUCUUGUGGGGAGACUCACCGGAGGAAGCGGCCGAAGCCAGUGCGACUCCCGAACAAGUACAUCUUCAACAACCACCUCCAGAUAGAUGUCUUUUACGCCAAGGACAUCAAGGGGCAGCUGUUCAGUUUCCUCAACGUGGUAUGUGACGCCACAGGGUUUCAAGUUGUGAGCUGUUUGGGAAGCAACCAAGGGCCCCCCUCGACCAAGGCCGUCCUGCGACACUUCCUUACCGCUUGGUCAUCCUGGGCCGGCCUCCCGAAUUCGAUUCAGGUAGACCGUGGGAAGGAGUACCUUGCGCAUUUCUCUGACUACCUCAAGGCCUACGGUGUGGAACAGGAGGCGAUGGCUUUGGAAGCCCCCUGGAAGCUGGGCCGUGCAGAGAAGGCCGGCGGCCUUUGGAAGGAAGUUUUCAUGAAGGUGGUCCACGACCAGCAGGUGUCCGGACUGGAAGACGUGGUCACUGCCACCGCCAUUGUGACCCAGACCCGGAACGCCUUCCCGAGAACUUCCGGUUACGCGCCAAACUCUUGGGUUUUGGGACAGCCAGAGGUGAGACUUCCAGGAAGCCUUCUACUUGACAGCGAGAGAGAACGGUUGGAGGUGCUUGAGGGUGCUGAGGACCCACAGUCGGCUAUGGCCAGGACGCUGAACUUGCGUGAGUCCGCGAAAGUGGCGCAGAUCAAGCUGGACACCGACGGCCGUGUUAGGAGAGCACUUUUGCACCAAAGCACGCCCACUCGAGGUCCGUACCCCGUGGGGAGCUACGUCUACUUCUUUCGUGCACAAGCACCACCCGGGACAGGGAGAACCUACCGCUGGCGUGGACCCGCGAGAGUUAUCGGCGUUGAGCUUCGGAACUCGAGGCGGACCGAAGACCAGGACCUCCCAACGGCAGGCGGGCAACCCCACAGUUACUGGCUGCGAUACGGGGCAAGUGUUAUCCUGGUCACAGGUGAGCAGCUGCGUUUUGCCAGUGAAGAUGAGCUGCUCGCGGCGCACAUGGUGCCACAGGAGAUCCUCGAGCCGCCCUACGCACGAGGCGCGAGGAACUUUGUUGAUUUGAGAGCCCAGCCUAUGUUGCCGACGACCCCGGGGCACGAAGUGACACCUGAACCUCUGACGUCACCACGCACUCGGCCGGCAUCUUCCUCACCGAUGCCUAUCACGUCGUCGGCACCUUCGGUGACAAUACCCGGUACAGCCAUUCGGGUACUACCUGAGUUUCUUCCUCCCGUUCCUGAAGACGAUGAUGGAGGGCUACUUGACGAAAUUGGUCAAGCAACCCCUCGAGAAUCACAGCAAAAUCCAAGGACGGGUGGGGGUCAAGACAACCAGACUAUAGAGUCAGGUCAAGCAACCCAUCGAGAAUCAGAGCAAAAUCCAAGGACGGGUGGGGCGCAUGAUUUAGCUAUGUCACGACAGACAUCUACGGUGACUUCCGAACCAGAGCCGCAGCCUACAACACAGGUGGUUCCAGUUCAGACUUCAGCCGCAGGUCAAGGACAGUCCCCGUUGAGUCGACCAAAUAUUUUUGCUGACACGGACCGUCUUGAUGGGUACGCCCCGAGCCGCACGGCACGUGAGCCAGUCCAAGGACCCUACAUGGUCGAGCCCGGCGACUGGGACUGCCCCACUUUGCCCCACACAGUGCGCGAAGCGAAUCUAAGGAGAAUGGCGGGCUACUACGAUGAUUUUGACAACGGCUCGGAGGAAGAAGAGACUGUAGAUUAUGCUGCCCAAGACCCCGCCGACGUGCUGCUCACUGGAAAGGCCGUGAAGUCCGAGAUCAAGCUCAAGGACCUUGGCCCAGACGAGCGGAAGAAGUUUGAAGGUUCCAUGGCAAAGGAGUGGAACUCUUGGCAGCUCUUCGAAGCAGCGGACAAGCUCACCCCUGAGCAGAGGAAGGAGCUGCCCGAUGACGUACAGAUCAUCGGCACUAGAUGGGUGCACACUGACAAGAACGCAAAGCCAAGGAUGCUCGCCAACUACCUCCGGAAGAGGACGGGCAAGACCAAGGAACAGAUCAACAAGGAGUUUCCUUUUGAGCCAAAGUCCCGGAUAGUGGUUCAAGGCUGCCAGGAGGACCCCACCGGGAUAAGGAGCGACAGCCCUACAGCAUCCUUACUGGCCUUCAACCUGGUGUGCGCCAUCUCGGUCCUGAAGCGUUGGACCAUUACAGCUUGCGAUGCCUCAACGGCCUAUCUUCAGUCAAAGGGCAUCAGCAGAACUUUGAUUCUACGACCACCUCGACCACCACCUCCUGGCAUCUCCCCUCACGAUCUACUACGAGCUCGCGGAAGCAUCUACGGAACAAAGGACGCAGGGAGAGCCUGGUGGAAGAAGCUGUACAAGACGCUCAAGAAGUACUCGUGGUUGAUGUCCCGCAUCGAGGCUGCCCUCUUCUACCUCGUAGAAGGCGGCCAGCUGAUCGGUAUUAUGAUCAGCCACGUGGAUGACCUCUACUGUACCGGCGAAGGUGAACGCUACGAGGCCACACUGAACGAACUCGAGAAGGAGUUGCACCUGAAGAUCAAGAGAAGCGAGUUCAGGUUCUGCGGGAAGAAUGUGAAACAGACCAACGGCGUCAUCGAGCUGGACCAGUACGACGCCAUCGAGGGAGUGGACUACAUGUUGUUUUCCCCGGCACGACGCAAGGAGGUCAAUGCCCCGCUGACCGAGGAGGAGAAGUCUCAGUUCAGAGGGUUGAUCGGCCAGAUGGGCUGGAUCACACGGCAGAGCAGGCCCGACCUCAUGGUGAACGUGAGCAUGGCCUCCCAGACCAUGGGCUCCCCAAAGGUCAAGGACGUGAUCAACCUCAACAAGGCCGUGAAGAUGCUAAAGGAGACCUCGGAUGCGAAGUGGAGAUUCGUACCAUCCAACAUGACCCUCGAGAAUGCCCGCGUCUUCUGCUUUGCGGACAGCAGCUUCGCGAACACAGAGUCUUUGAAGUCGCAGUGCGGCUACCUCGUGGGCCUCACCACCGAGGCCAUGGACUCCGAGAACGACGCCCCGAUCCUCAUCCUCGAGACCUACUCCGGGAGCAUCAAGCGAGUGUGCAGGAGCACCCUUGCCGCAGAAGCCAACGGGCUACUUGCUGGAGUGGAAGCCGCGGAGUACCUGCAGAUGCUCAUGGAGGAGAUUAAGUACCCCGAGGAGAGACUCGUGGACCUUAACCGAGAGUUUGCCAAGGAGAAGGUGCUGUGCUACACGGACGCAAAGAGCCUCGAAGCGGCCCUGAACAAGGAUGCCGGGCAGAGCCAGGACAAGAGGGUCCGCAUCCUACUGGCACAGAUCCGCGAGGUGAUCGGGACCCACGAUUACGAGGACGACGCGUCGGCCUACGUGAAGUGGGUUGAUACAAGCCAAAUGCUGGCCGACGUUCUGACGAAGUCUGGGUGCGAGCGGGAGCCGCUACUGAAUGCGAUGGACACCGGCACCUGGCGCCUUGCUCCUACCGAGGAAGCAAAGCACAAGAAGUUGAUGAUCAGAGCGGGUCGGCAUGCCAGAAAGGCAGCCCUACGUGUAGCCGAGGACGGGUGA